GACGAAUGACAAGCGCGGAGAAGCCGGCGCUGUUUUCCACAUUACGGAUGUCUUCUAUGUAGCAGGAAGUGAAGACUUGUCAAACAAAUCAUGAGUUUUCACUACGGACAGGGCUAUCCAGGAGGAGGCCACCCACAAGGGAACCCGUACGGUGGAGGCCAGGGAGCUUAUGGGGCUUCCCCCUCAGCCCCUCCUGGAGGUGGAGCGGGCCCCGCAGGAGGCCCGUAUGGGGCCCCGGGUUAUGGUAGUCAGUACGGGCACGGGCCUGGUGGUGCAGCCGGGGGCUACGGAGGACAGCCAUAUGGGGGACAGCCAUAUGGAGGACAAGCUUACGGAGGACAGGGUUACGGAGGACAAGCCUACGGAGGACAACCUCAUGGAGGGCAGCCUUACGGAGGACAGCCUUACGGAGGGCCUAACAGAUUCAAUGCUCCUGCAGGCAACAUUCCACCUGGAGUUAACCCAGAGGCGUACCAGUGGUUCCAGAGCGUUGACGCGGACCGCAGUGGCUAUAUCAGCUCGAAGGAGCUGAAACAGGCCCUGGUCAACACCAACUGGUCCACCUUCAACGACGAGACCUGCCUCAUGAUGAUCAACAUGUUCGACAAGACGCGGUCGGGUCGGAUAGACCUGCUCGGUUUCUCGGCGCUGUGGGAGUACCUGCAGCAGUGGAGAGCUUUGUUCCAGCAGUACGACAGGGACCGCUCGGGAUCCAUCAGCGGCGCGGAGCUGCACCAAGCUCUAUCUCAGAUGGGCUACAAGCUCAGCCCCCAGUUUUCUGAGACGCUGGUGCAGCGCUUCGGUGCCAGAGGCCAGUCCCACGGCAUCCAGCUGGACCGCUUCAUCCAGGCGUGCACGCAGCUCCAGAGCAUGACGCAGGUGUUCAGGGAGAGAGAUACCGGCAUGACGGGCAACAUCCGUCUCAGCUACGAGGACUUUCUCUCCGGCGCCGUCACGAGGCUGAUGUGAGCGUGGCUCCGCCGACAAAGCCCCGCGCGCGCACGUCGACGGUCGCUCGGAUUUCUCUGCUUUGCCACGAGUGCCCUCUCGUUUCGCAGCAUACGCCGCGCAGCAGCUGGCGGUUCAGGUCAGCUGGCGGUUCGAAGCCUGACUCCAAAUGAGGCGGCGGCUGUUUACUGGCACUUUUACUGACUGUGGCUUUCUAAUAUGUGUUCCUUUUAAGGUGUUUCUCUGAACCAAAUCAGUCUGACCAAGAAUGCCUUUUUGAUGAUGACAGUCACACAACUUCUUCUUUACAAGUGACCAUGACUUGAUGCAGUUUUUUUUUUUUUUAUUAUUAUUUUAGCACAAAUUCCCUUAGACUUGAGGCUGAACUGGAGUUAAAGUGUCAUCACGGAGGGUGGGAAUGAUUUAAAAUGUACGUUCACAAUCAAACCUGACAACUUAAUCUUGUUUUUUGUUUUUUUUUUCUUUUUUGAAACUUAACCAGUGAAAAUAUGGCUUUUUUUUUUCCUGUGGUUAAAGACUGAAUAUAAUCAAGCUUUCUAUAAGUGUACAUAUCAUUACACAUUGUGCUUAGAAAUUAAGAGGACCUUCUAACAUUGCCAAAACUGUGUGGAAGAUAAGAGUUUAUUGAAUUUAUUCUUGCAAAACGCUAUGAAACGAAAUUGAUUCAGUAAUAAAGUUUGCAUGAAAUUAUUUUUAAUGCUAAUAAAUAAAUGUUUUGCAAUUUG